UAUAUGCACGCACGCACACAUAUAUAAAUCCAACCCAAAAAGACCAUGAGUCAGUUUGCAAUCUGCACCCGCGGACCUUUGCCAUGUCCUUGGUGAAGUUCAAGGAGCUGGGGGAAGAGGACUCCAAUUCAGAAGAGGAGAACCUGGACAGCGUCAAGGCCUUGACAGCCAAGCUGAAGUUGCAAACACGCCGUCCUUCCUACCUGGAGUGGAAGGCUCGGGUGCAGAGCCCGACCUGGAGAAACAGUUUCAAGGAUGGAGCCCUCCGGACCUUGACAGAGAAGCAGGUUGGAGAGGUGGAGGAGGAAGGGCCCCAGACCCAGGACCCACUGAAGACCAUUUGUGGGUUCCCCACUAUGGACGAUGCCUUGGAAUGGCUGCGGAUGGAGCUGCGGGAGAUGAAGGCUCUGGACCACCAGCUGGCACGGCAACUGAUGGGCCUGCGUGGCCAGAUUCACCGACUGAAGGUAGAGCAGGCUUGCCACCAGCACAAGGAGAUGCUGGACGAUGCCACCUUCGGCCUGGAGGACUGCGAAGAAGACUCUGACCUGCUGUGCAACAUUCCCCCGAAGGCCGCCUUCCUGCUAUCCAUGCCUCUCAAACAUAUUGGGGUCACGCGCAUGAACAUCAACUCCCGUCGUUUCUCCCUCUGCUGAGGGGCUUGUUUCGGCCAUUGCAUGCUUUAGCAAGGAACAGGCAGUUCUCCGUCCCAGGGCUGGUUCUCUCCAGCCAAGCCACCCGAGUGACUGCUUGGGGCGGCACAAGGAGGAGGACCUCAAUGCAUUGCAGGGGUUGUUCCACUAUAUUCCAGUCAUCAGCGGCACAGGAGGCAACUGGACUCUCCUCCUGGGCCUGUGUGGCAGCAUCAGCUAGGUCCAAGUAGGGUUGCCAACUCCAGGUUGGGAAAUUCCUGGAAAUUUGGGGUUGGCGCCUUGGAAUGACAGGGUUUGGGUAAGGGAGCGAGAGUUGCCAGCUCUAGGUUGGGAAGUUCCUGGAGACUUUGGGGGUGGAGCCUGGAGAGGGCGCGGUUUCAGGAGAGGAUGACCUCCAUAGGGUAUAAUACCGUAAGUCUCCCCUCCAACGCAGCAAUUUUCUCGAAAAGAAUUGAUCUCAGUUGUAAUUCCAGGAGAUCUCCAGCCACCACCUGGAGGCUGGCAGCCCUAGUAAGGUUGCCAACCUCCAAGCUGGCUUACCAGUUGUCUGCUGAUAGUGGACAAACUGUCAUCUGUGCUCCUUUUCCCCUCGUGUUUGCUCAGUGAAUCAGCUGGGAGGAUAGAAAAUGGAGUGGGGAAUACAGUCAUUAUGCUGAAGGAUACUCUAGGACAGGGGUGGCCAAACAUGCUUAAUGUAAGAGCCACAUAGAAUAAACGUCAGAUGUUUGAGAGCCGCAAGACAUGAUGCAUUGAAGUAACUUCAGAUGCAGAGGUGGGCUUGGGGGAGUGUCCUGAAAGUGACAUCACAUGAAGGGGUGGGGUUUAGGUGCAGUAUACUGGAAGUGACAUCACAAAAAUGAUGUCACAUCCUUGCUAGGUUUCAUCCCCAAAGUCCCCAGGUAUUUUCUGAGUCAGACCUGGCAACCCCAAAAUUUUUACUGAAAAUAUGAAAGUCAUGGAAAGAAAAAAGGAAGGAAAGAAAAAAGGAAAAGGGAGGGAAAGACAUGGAAAGGAAGAAGGGAAGGGAAAUAGACUAAACUAAAAUAAAAUGUAUGGCCAUGACAAUACUCAGAGACCUCUGGGAGCCACACAAUAUGUCUAGAAGAGCCACAUGUGGCUCCCGGGCUGCAGUUUGGCCACCCCUGCUCUAGGAAUUCCUCAAAUCUCUGUGAUAUUUACCAUAGAGCUUGUAGGGAUUCCUAAAGCCCUAUCAUACCUGUGCUUGACAUUCUCACAAAAGUUCCAACCUAUGCUCGGUACAGGCCUGGCAACCCUACCUCCAGGUCCGGCCGUAAUUCCCCCCAAAUUGCAACUGAUCUCUAUGCAACGGAUGAGUUCCCCUGGAGGAAAUGGUAGUCCGGAGAGUGAACUCUGUUGUAUCACAUCCCUGCUGAACCCCCUCCCAAAAUUGUGCCCUUCCCAAGGAUUGUCCUCAAAUCUUCCAAGGUAUCUUCCAAGCUGGAGGUGGCAACCUUAGUGGCAUAGGUUUCAUGGUGAAAUUUCAUAAAAGUACCUAGUUUCUUGGCUGAGUGGGGGGUGAUUAAUACUUCAAAUCUGCCAGCUGAUCAAAACUAGAUUCUGCACUGAAAAAACAGGUCUGUUAAGCGGACACCCGCACUGUAUGCAUUCAGCAUUGUAGUGAAGAACACAACCCCUGCAAUAAGGCAAGCACAUUAAACAAAUCUGUGAUCAGUUGUUGUGUUGUAAAAGCUGGAAUUUCCCCUGGGAUCUGAAUGGUUGUAAGCAAUGGUGCAUUUGGAAGAGCCAUGUGUGUUGGGGGGGGGGAGGUGAAUAGCUUCUGGGGCCAACGGGAAAUGUGCAUAUGGGAGGGGAUUCUUUGCAUAUGUAUUCCAUUUCCCCCUUUGCUUUGCGGAAGCCACUUGAUAAUUGCAUAAAGGAAUCCCCAAACAGCCAAUAUUUCAUUUCACUGCUGGUACUUGCCUUCUCAACCUGUAUAAAGAUCGCUGCAGUACACUGAAUUUGUAUAUGCUGUGUUGUUGUUCUUCCACUUUUCAGAACUGUAGGAAGUUCCAAGUGCAGCUUUAUGGAGGAGUCCUGAAGCCUUAAAUGAUACAUCUGUUUAUUCGCAAAUAUAGAGGGUGAGCAGGUAAUGAGAAAGCAGGCACACAGG